AUGGAGGAAACAAGAUAUAUCGUUGAGGUUGAGAAAGCGAAGGAGGCCAAAGAUGGAAGGCCAUCCAUGGGCCCCGUUUACCGCAGCGUCUUUUCCAAGGAUCAUGCACAUCCUCCUCCCGUUGAUGGUCUUAAAACCUGUUGGGAUGUUUUCAGAAUGUCUGUUGAGAAAUAUCCAACAAAUCCAAUGCUUGGUUGCCGGGAGAUCGUGAAUGGGAAACCUGACAAGUACAAGUGGCAAACUUACAAAGAAGUGUACGACUUGGUGGUGAAGGUUGGAAAUUCCAUCCGCAGUUGUGGUUACGGGAAAGGAGUAAAAUGUGGUAUUUAUGGUGGCAAUUGCUCAGAGUGGAUUAUAAGCAUGGAGGCCUGCAAUGCGCAUGGACUUUACUGUGUUCCUUUAUAUGACACCUUAGGUGCUGGGGCAGUGGAAUUUAUUAUAUGCCAUUCAGAGGUCACACUUGCCUUUGCAGAAGAAAAGAAGAUACCUGAGCUAUUGAAAACAUUUCCAAAUGCAUCAAAGUAUCUCAAGACACUUGUGAGCUUUGGAAAUGUUACUCCGGAACAAAAGCAAGAAGUUGAAAAGUUUGGGUUGGCAAUAUAUUCAUGGGAUGAAUUUUUACAAAUGGGUCAAAAUAAGAGUUUUGAUCUUCCCGAACAAAAGGAAAGUGACAUCUGUACAAUAAUGUAUACGAGUGGAACUACUGGUGACCCCAAGGGAGUGAUGAUAUCCAAUGAGAACAUUAUUACACUCUUAGCCGGAAUUAAGCAUGUGCUGGAGAGUUGCAAUGAAAGGUUGCAUGAGAAAGAUGUAUACAUAUCAUACCUUCCUCUUGCACACAUCUUUGAUAGGGUCAUUGAGGAGGCAAUGAUAUGGCAUGGUGCCGCCAUAGGUUUCUGGCGUGGUGAUAUCAAAUUGUUACUGGAAGACAUUGGGGAACUAAAACCAACUAUUUUCUGUGUUGUUCCCCGUGUGCUUGAUAGAGUGUACUCAGGUUUGACACAAAAGAUUUCUACAGGAGGCUUCGUUAAACAGACAAUGUUCAAUUUUGCCUACUCAUACAAGUUACAUAACAUGAAGAGAGGGCAAAAACAUGUGGAUGCAUCUCCAUUAUUUGACAGAGUUGUAUUUAGUAAGGUAAAGCAAGGUUUAGGGGGUAAUGUACGUAUUAUUUUGUCAGGAGCAGCUCCUCUAGCUAAACAUGUGGAAGGUUUCCUGCGGGUGGUUACUUGUGCUCAUAUCAUGCAAGGAUAUGGUCUGACUGAAACCUGUGCGGGAUCCUUUGUCUCAUUACCAAACGAAAUAGACAUGAUGGGUACCGUGGGUCCUCCUGUACCAUAUGUGGAUGCGUGCCUUGAAUCUGUUCCUGAAAUGGGAUAUGAUGCACUUGCUAGCACGCCAAGAGGAGAAAUAUGUAUCAGGGCAAAUACCGUGUUUUCCGGAUACUACAAACGUGAAGAUCUCACCAAAGAGGUUUUGGUCGAUGGAUGGUUCCAUACAGGGGAUAUUGGAGAGUGGCAACCUAAUGGGAGCAUGAAAAUUAUCGAUCGGAAGAAGAAUAUAUUUAAGCUUUCACAAGGAGAAUAUGUUGCUGUUGAGAACCUGGAGAGUAUUUAUGAUCAUGUUUCUGCUAUUGAAUCAAUAUGGAUCUAUGGAAACAGUUUCGAGUCCUUCCUUGUUGCUGUUGUUACCCCCAAGAAGGAAUCACUUGAGGUUUGGGCAGAAGAAAAUGGAAUAACCGGGGACUUCAAUUCUCUCUGUGAAGACUCUAAGGCAAAAAGUUACAUUCUUGGAGAACUCACAAAGAUUGCGAAAGAAAAGAAGUUGAAAGGUUUUGAGUUUAUAAAAGCUGUUCAUCUUGAACCAGUUCCAUUUGACUUGGAACGUGACCUUAUGACUCCAACAUUUAAGAAGAAGAGACCCCAGUUGCUUAAAUACUACCAGAAUACCAUUGACAACAUGUACAAGACAGUAAACAAUUCUAGUGCCUGA